AUGGCUCGUCUUUUCGCAUUGCUUCUACUCUUCGUUCAGGCCUCAGUGGUCCUCGCCAGUCCUCUGGCGACGCGCGCGUCGGAACCCGACCCGUCUUUGGCGACGUCCGUCACCGUUGCAGGACAGACUUUCAUUAACAAGGUUCGUCGUGCUGUCACCUCGGGCAUUAAGGGUCUGGUUGGCUUCGGACUGAUUCCUUCAAACUUUACCGAAUCCACAGGUGACACGCUUGGCGGUAUUGGAAGUGCGAUCGCCUUGAAGCUGGGCUCCUUUUCUCAGCAGGCUGACGGUACCUUCACUGGUACUAUCGUUGUUCAGCCUGACCGCGGUUUCAAUGUCGACGGCACCGUUGAUUACCAAGGCCGUCAACACCAGAUCGACUUCGUCCUGAGUCCGUACUACGACACAUCGGACCUUAGCUUCACACAGGCGCAGCAGACACUCCAGCUUACCUACCGCAGCACCCUCCUGUAUACUGAACGCGCGCAUGGUGUGACUACUGGACUCGAUGCUGGCGGUGUCCGUCCCGCCCAAUCUGACUUUCCGGAUGACCCCCUCGCUGACCCUGAAAUGCCCAUCCCGUCCAAGAGUGAUGACCGUUUGACCUUGGAUUUGGAGGGUCUUGCCCUCAACGCCGACGGAACAUUUUGGGUCAGCGACGAGUACGGUCCGUACGUUUAUCGCUUCGACUCCAACGCCGAUCUGCUCCAGACCAUCCAACCUCCGGACGCUAUCGUGCCUCUGUCCGGUGGCGAUGUGGACUUCACUGGCGAGAACGAUCCCGAUACCGGCCGUGCCGCAAACAAAGGUUUCGAGUGCUUGACCGUCGAUACCUCAACGAACACUCUCUGGGUAAUGCUCCAGACUGCAACCAUCCAAGACGGAGGCAAUAAAAAGUCUCACGCCCGGUACACCCGCCUCCUCGCUUACGACAUCUCUUCGCCCAACACCGACCGCCCUGUACUCACAGCCGAGUACAUCGUCCCUCUGCCGCUCGAUAGCGGCGGCGAUACGCUCGGUGCGAGCGAGAUCUCGUUCGUGAGCGAGAACAUCUUCCUCGUCCUCUCUCGCGACAGCAACGGCCACGGCGGAGACAGCACCGAGUCUGAGUAUAAGGGUAUUGACCUCAUCGAUAUCAGCGCUGCGACCAACAUCGCGGGCUCAGAGUUCGACAGCCACAAGAACGCCGUCGCGCCCAAGGGCAAGCUCGAUAGCAGCGUCACGCCUGCGACGUACACGCCCUUUGUCAGCCUCAUAAAUUCCACGGAGCUUGCUCGCUUCGGCGACCCCUCUGACGCAACGCUGAUCGACGCAAAGUGGGAGAGCAUUGCACUUACGCCUGUCGGCGACAGCCAAUUCCCCAACGACUUCUUCCUGUUCACUGCUGCCGACAAUGACUUCUUGACGACCGACGGUGUCUCGCUCGGUCGGCCGUACAACGCCGGAGUCGACGUUGAUAACCAGUUCUUCGUUUUCCGCGUCACUCUUCCUACGAAGAGCAGCUGA